AAUCAUACAAAAAGAAAAUUGGAAAAAAAAUUAACAUAAUUUCCAUUCACUGUGCAAACUAGGAUUUAGUGUAUUGUAUUGUAUUUUAUUUAUCUUUUAACCUAAACAGUAAACAUGAAUGAAAUUCAUUGUUUGUCUGUUCAAAGAUUCAGGGUCAAAAAUGUAUAUAGUUCUAUAGCCAAAGUUAAUGUGUUUGACUCAGGCCAAAGUUGUAUUUUUUGUAUAAUAUGUAUCUACAUUCAGUUAUUUAAAUUAAUAAGCAACAUUUUUGAUAGAUUUUUAUUUAGCACAUUCAACCAAUUCAAACAGUCAUCCCUAAAAGGUGGGAUGCACUUUAACACAGGGUCAAAUACAGUAUACAUGUAUAUUAUGUAACAUUUCAUUCACAAAUUUUUAACUUUCAAAAUGUUUUAAAAAAAUUCUCCAUAAUUAGUAAAAGCAUUUCUGGUAUACAUGUAGUAAAGGAUUAGUAUAUAUGAAACUUAUAAAUUGCAAGAAUUUGCCAUCUUUACCGGCAAAAAUAUGUAAAGAAAAAUGAGUAAUCAGUAAUGCUUAGCCUUUUCACAGCUUUUUCCCCAUUGUACCCCUCAUAAUUGUUUUUCAGUCAUCUAUCUGACAAUACUUUCAAUGUAGUGUAUAGGUUUCGGUGGCACCUCCGCAUACACAGCUGGUGACUGUGAAUGUUAUCAGUACCUGAAGUCAUGGAGAGGUGUAGAAAAACAUCACAACACAAGUAAAAUCACACAAGUCUAGUCAGCUUCAUCAGUAGCAUGACAGUAUAGUGACAUAUCAAAACCUCCGGAGAUAUACAUACCAGCAGAUGUAUACACUGUGUAGUAUGAUUUAUACCUAAUACCUGAUUAGGAGAGACACUUUUUAUAUUCAUUAACUUUAUUUUUUUCAUAUUUAUUGGUGUUAUGAUUUGGUACAUUUGUUAUUUGACAACUGUACAACAUGAAUACCUUGAGGUCAGCAAUAUCAGUGAGUUUACCUAACAAAGCUGGCAGUAUCAUUGGUGUAAGUAUUGGUUGUGAGGUUGUUGGUAUUUGUUUCAUAAGUCCCAGGUGUAACCACAUUUUAACUUAUAUAUCCUGUGCUGACAAUGAGAACCAGUACAAAAGAUACAGGUGAUCUUGGCACUGACUGCAUACUGUAUGGACAGUCCGGGGUAUUGUCAAAGUUUAGACGACCAGUCAGUGCUAACAUCCUGAGAGGGAAGAAAGAACUUGGUGAUUACCUUCUAAACAACAGGGCAGACAACUCUAAGGAGGAAAGGGAGCGAGAACUACAGUUGGCCCUUGAUGCUGCCGAGGCAAGAGCCACCAGAGAACUCCGUGCUGCCGUAAAAAGGUUGCGCAAUUCUAAGGAUGAGGAGAAACGCAAAGCUCUCCAACUACAAAAAGAAUAUUAUGAAAGACUUGCCAAGAGGAUUGAGGAACAAAGAGAUGACGCGGAGGCGGAGAGACAGAGGGAGCUGACAAAACAACUGGAUGGGGAGAAGGAAAAUGCCCUAAGAGAACAAUGGGAGGAAUGUGAGCGACUGAAAGAGAUAGCCAUACAGGAGGCUUGUCAGGCACUCACCAGGAAACUGCGACUCGACUUCACACUAGAGAAGGAACGUGCAAUAGCUGCUGCACUAAAGGAACAGAAGGAGAGAUUCCUUAUCAGAGAGCAGGAAACAAUAGCAAGAACGAAAAGGGAAUGUGAAGACUUGGCAAGGAAAGAAGCAAUGCGAGUGGCAAAAAUUCACCAAGAUGAAGUGGAUCGUUUGAACCAAAAGUAUGAUGUUCUGGAGAAGAAGUAUCUGAAGGAAUUGGACCAUAAAAACAGACUAGAGAAUGAUUUCAGGGGACUUCAAGAUGACUAUCGUCGGUUUAUGAAUUACACUGAUGGGAAAUUCCACUCAGACUACCUUAUAAAGUUACGAUACACGGGUAUGCAGCUGGCAAAUAAACGGAUCAGUGAGGUCUCUUAUGAACAUAUAGAGGAUUUAUUUAACUCCAAACAUAACACAUUUCGGCAGUAGUGUAUAAUUUCUGUAUUUAUUACUGUGAUAACGACAUUACUCAGUUCUCAUGAGAGAGUGAGUCAGGAAAUAUUGGAAAUGAGAAUGUGGAUGUCACUAGGAAAUGACAAUUCUGAUAAUAAUUUCACGUAUGAAAUGAAGAUCUGACAAGACAGAGAGAUGAAGAUGGAAGACAGAUGGAGACAGAAGAUGGAUAUAGUCACAUAAAUUUUGAGGAAGAUUGACUACAGGGCCAUAUAGAUAUUCUAUUACACUUCCUUUCCAGUACACUGUGCUGCCUCCAUUAACAUGGAUUUAUUGGGAGAAUGUAAUAAUUACUGAUGCAUUUGUUUAAUUUUAUGAUUUUAGAUAUAUUUUCAGAGCAAUUCCAGAAAUUAUGAUAUGUAUAAAUAUAAAUCCAUAUAUUAAACAUGUGAGGAUGAGGAUACACAUUUUCUGGGACAUUGGUCUACAAAGAGCCUGAAAAUGGUAUUCUCUACACAUUUAUUAUCUAAACUUGGCAUAAAGGCCUUAUAGAAAAAGUGUGUAUAAAUUAAUGCUGGUAUAAAGGUGACUCCAUGAUAAGUCAGAGGGACUACCAUAUAAAUUACCAGCACAAGGUCCAAACUUAAGUAUUGCUAGUAUCAACUGGUAAUAACGACACACACAUAUUGACUGUGAGUUGUGUUUGAAAUUUGUGCUAAGUCCCUGUAAGAUCAUAAAUGACACUUUUCAGCUAUCUUGUAUGGAUAUCUCCAUUUACAGUUUUGACUGUGUCAGACACAGCCAGGUGACUCAUCUUAAAUGUUAAAUGUACAAAAUUUUUGUACACUUAAACUUAAUAUGCAACACGUGCUAUACUUUAAAUUUGUAUCACAUUCUAGUGCUGAAUUGGGAUGAUAUAUAUGUGCUGACCAUAUGUACUUAGGUUUACCUAUAGAAGUUAGUGUUGAGGUUUAUUAGCUUAUCUUGAAAGUGUACUAGUCAUUAUAACAAGGACAUGUGUUGCUUGGAAGUGUUUUUAAUACUGAUUUAGAAGCAAAUUAUUGCAUAUGUCUUAAAAAGCAUCUUUUUACCUAAACUAAUGUAUAGCUGUACCGGACAUGAUUUAUUUAGUUGUGUACUUCGGAGGCAUCUUUAUUUAAGCUUUUUGACAGAAUGUAUAUUAAUUUUGUUUGUUUUCUAUAGCUUUAAAAUAAAACAAAAAUACACAACUAAUAGUAUUUCUUCUUAGCCAAAGAAUAAAAUAUCAAGAGAAAUUAUGGAUUUAGCUUUAGAUAGCAAGCAGGUCAGUUUUAUAGCAAAAUUUACCUUUAUGGUAUUAUCUGAAUUAUAUGUUUUUUGUUUGUUUCAUAACUGUCUGUUUAUUUUAAAAGCUUCAAUUGAAUAUAAAAAAUAUGAACAUUAAACUUGUAGAUGACACGAAAUUGCUGACAAUUUUAUUUAUAGUAUUUGUAAUGUAAUAAACCAUAGAAUCUGUUAUAAGAUAUAUAUAUAUAUAUAUACAUUGUAUGUAAAAAAAAUUAUGCUUAUUACCCCGGUAAUAUAAAAUGACUUGACAGUCAUGUUGACUGGUACAGGUCAUAGUGUCCUGAUUUAAUAAGGAUUAGUUUAUAUUAUGUAGUUAUUGAAGCAUUUAUAUACUGUACAUUUCAUAGUAUUGAGCUAUACAUGUACCGGUAUGACACACAGGGACUUGGAUAUGAACUAUUUCUGUUUUAAGGACCAGUAAAAUAUCUACCCAAUGGCAGGACUCCCAAGUUUGUCAUACAGGGGCCACCCAUCGAAUUGAUUUCAUUUAGAUAGUACUUCAUAAUAGGUUGCAUUUUCUCCAGAAGCCACGGUAUAUAGGAUUUCUUUUUUUUUCUGGAUACCUCCUGUUAGAUUUAUAUUUUACUGGAACAGUCCUGUAGCCAAUUUCCAAGAUGUGGUUCAAAUAUACAUGUAUGGGCUAUUUCAGUAAAAUGUCCUAUAUUUUACUGGAGCAGUCCUGUAGCCAAUUUCCAAGAUGUGGUUCAAAUAUACAUGUAUGGGCUAUUUCAGUAAAAUGUCCACCCAACAGGAGAACUCUAGGUUUGUCAUACAGGGACCUGUCUUAGAAGUGAUUUAAUUCAAACAUUACUAUAUAAAAGGCUAUAAUUUCUACAGAACCCACCAUACUUGGAAUUUUAUAUCUGGAUUCCUCCUGCAGGAUAUAUGUUAGAAUUUUAUAUCUGGAUUCCUCCUGCAGGAUAUAUGUUAGAAUUUUAUAUCUGGAUUCCUCCUGCAGGAUAUAUGUUAGAAUUUUAUAUCUGGAUUCCUCCUGCAGGAUAUAUGUUAGAAUUUUAUAUCUGGAUUCCUCCUGCAGGAUAUAUGUUAGAAUUUUAUAUCUGGAUUCCUCCUGCAGGAUAUAUGUUAGAAUUUUAUAUCUGGAUUCCUCCUGCAGGAUAUAUGUUAGAAUUUUAUAUCUGGAUUCCUCCUGCAGGAUAUAUGUUAGAAUUUUAUAUCUGGAUUCCUCCUGCAGGAUAUAUGUUAGAAUUUUAUAUCUGGAUUCCUCCUGCAGGAUAUAUGUUAGAAUUUUAUAUCUGGAUUCCUCCUGCAGGAUAUAUGUUAGAAUUUUAUAUCUGGAUUCCUCCUGCAGGAUAUAUGUUAGAAUUUUAUAUCUGGAUUCCUCCUGCAGGAUAUAUGUUAGAAUUUUAUAUCUGGAUUCCUCCUGCAGGAUAUAUGUUAGAAUUUUAUAUCUGGAUUCCUCCUGCAGGAUAUAUGUUAGAAUUUUAUAUCUGGAUUCCUCCUGCAGGAUAUAUGUUUUACUGGAAUAGUCCUGACCAAAUCUCAACCCGUGGUCCACAUAUACAUAUUUAUUACAAUUUUACCAGUGAAAUAUUGAAAAUCAUUCAUUCUAUUUUUCACUUGUGAAAAAUAUUAAUUUUUCUGGUUUGGUUUGACCAAUCAAAGCACUGUUUACAAACGACAAGGGUGAAACUUAAAAGCUGACACGGUAUGUUUUGCUAUAAAAAUGUAAUAAACAGAAUAUCUAACAGGGUCUUCAGUAAUACCAAAUAUAUUUCACUCAUAGCAUGUGGCUAAUAUUUUGAUAUAUAUUUGGCAUUACUGAAGACACUUCUAGAUAUCCUCUCUGUAUUACAUUUAUCAUAUGAUGCGUAUACAUGUAUAUAUGGACUGUGGGUUUGGAAUUUGACAAGACCCUGUGGUAUGACAAUAGUUAUAUCUAUCUGUGAUAUCAAAUAAAACUGUCUAGUUUUAGGCCUUACAUAUUUAUAUAUGUUUCAUUUUCAGUUGAAUCUUAUGACAUUUGUGAAUCAUUACUUUAAAUAGUAUAUGGUACUUUGUAUUUUUAAAUCCUCAUUUAGUUCAUUGAAGGUGCUGGUUACUUUAGUUACAUUGCAUGUCAAUAAGAUUUAACUGACAAAACUGUGUAUAAACUUUAAGACGGAUAAAAGGAGAAAAAUGUCCUUUAUCGACAAAUGACCUUUGUAUAGAGGUUAGUAUACAUUGAAUUUGUUUUCAUUGAGGGACCAAAAUAAGCAGUUUUAUAGACAGUUAUGUGUGUUUAUAAAGAUGGUCUUUUAAGGCAGGUUUAACUGUAUGUACAGUGACACACAUGCCAAUUUAUGCACUUUUACAGAUAUUAUAUUGUGUCAGUAUCGGGUAUAUUUAAAAAGCCUUAAAAGUCCCUGUGAUGGUAGCUGAAUGAUAAAAAAGAAAAAGAAAUUUUGUUUCCUUGUCAGGGCCCUAUGAUUAAUCUGUCUUACCAAAUUAAAGGAAUUAUGAAUUUAACAGAACCAGUGAAUUCUCUUUAUCAAAGUGAUCAGUUCAAGAGGGAAAUGAUUUUCACCUUUAUUAUCGUGUAACAUAUGUGCUGCAUUCCUUCUUAAUACACUUUCAUUGUGAUAUUUCCAAUGAUUUGACUUACAUUAUGUAGUAGACAAAUAUAUCUGUCAUAACUCCUUUUGUAAUUUAUUCCAAGAAUAUUCCUUGCCUUAAGAGUUUUUUUUAAUAAGAAUGCAUUAUUUAAGUUAAGAUGCGAAAAAAUCUUCCCUUAAAUCCAAUAUACUGCUUUUUUAAAGAAGACAUUCCAGGACUUGUAAGCACUAUUUGAAAAAUAAAGUGAGAUAUAUCUAACAUUUGUAAGGGGAAAAAUUCUCACAAUAGACACAUAUGAUAUCCUGUGACAGAUUUUCUUACUCACAUAGCCCAUCCUGCAAUAUUGAAUAAAAUGUUAUCUGGGCUCCUUAACAAACAAAAAAAUCUAUUGCAUAACUACAUUGUAUGAUGAUCUAAAACAACAUUGCCAAUGUCUUGCUACUUUUAACUGUAAACUUUGUACAGUUGCCAUACACUGUAGUAAAAUUAUAACUUAUAGGAGUACUAAUCAUACUAACACUAACUUAUCUUGUUUAUGGAGAUAUAAGAAACUGCAUGGAAACGUUUUUGGAAAAAAUGACAGCAAAUUUGUGUAUUUUUUUUUUCUUUUUUAUAUAUUAUUCUUUAAAGAAAUCACCAUCUCUGCACAUAAGUAAUAUCAAACAAAAGAGGUGUUUUUAUUUCUGAUAUACACAUAUUUUGGUUGUUAAAUGUUGUUCAAGUUUGUAGACACAAUGGUAAUGGGUACAUUUUAGAGAUUGUUUGACAAAGUGUGAAUCUGUGAUAGAAAUCACAUGCUUUUGUGAUUUAUAUCCAUGAAUAUCUUUUGCGAGUUUGCAGACUGAAAGACGAAGAUGGCGUGUUAUAAUAUUUACAAAGUGGAGGGGAGUGGUAAUACUGGUAAUACUGCGAUGUUGGAUUAACUGUGGAAACAAUUUUUGAUGCUGACUUGUUAUAAUUAAGAUUCUGUGUUUGUUAGUUACUGUGAUGUAUCCGAUUUAUAUUAUUUAAAAUGAGCAAUAUUAUAGAAUGUACAUUUCACAAGCUGUUCAGUUUCAUAUUUGGGCCAUGGCUGUUGAUGUUUCGGUGAUGGAGGGUUACCUUAUAACAUAUUGGUGGUUGGUUCUCCAGUUUGAAGUAUUGCUGGGGGUUCUGGAUAUUCAUUUUAUUUUGAUGAAGGUUGAUGGGAUGUUAAGUCUGAUCUGUUCAUGUUUUGUUAAAUUCUGAACUUAAUGUUUGUAAAAAGGUCAAUAAGUCAUUGAAUUAAUAUGCAAUUGGAAAUGAAAAUAGUAAUAUCUGUAAAAUGGAUAUUCCAAUAUCUUUCAAUAGACACAGUUUUUGGUAACUGUUUUAAAUCUAAGUAACCAUGAUAUUGAAAUUGACAGAAUUUAAGGAACAAAUCUAGGUUAAAAACCUUCCUUGAAUUCUGUAAUGCUUUCCUAUUUAAGAAAUAUUGAUGAAUCUGGCUCCAGGUAUUGUUAGUGUUGUACAGAAGUUCUCCUACAGGAUCCAAGAGUUAAAUAUUGAAUAAUUACCUUGUAUUACAUAAAGGGAAGUAACUCCUGGAAUUUGGAGGAUGUUCUUACUGAGUUAUGAACUCAUGUUGUAUGUCAUGGUAAUGUUGUAGUAGAUAUUUAAAUUGAUAACUGGUAUUUAUUUGUAUGAUGCUUAUGUUAGUUUCUAGUCAAUUACAAAAUAGCCUUGUUUAGCUUCAAAAUAUUGGAAAUAUUGGCAAUCGUAAAAUAUAAUCCAAAAGUAGUGUUUUUUUUUUUUAAAUAUUGUCAGGUUAAAAUUAUUUAACACAGAAUGUAUUCUUUUAAAUUCCAAUUGUUGAACACAGAAAUGUAUUGUUUAUAAUCCAAAGAAUUGAUAUUGUGGGGUUAAAAAUUAUUUGAAAUUGAUUAAAACAGAAUUUAUAAUUUUACAUUCCAUUUGUUUAACACAGAAAUAUAUUGUUUACAUUUCAGUUGUUUUACACGGUGAUUUCUUGUUUACAUUCCAAACGAAAUUUACCAGCCGAGGUUAGAAUUCAUUGUGAAUUAUCAUUCAUUGUUAUAUUUUCUUAGAUUAAGAGCAAAACAAACUGUAAUUAAAAUCGAAGACUCCAAAAUAAUACACAUCAAAACGUCUUUGUAAUACAUGUACAAUUGCACCCUAAAAUUGUCAGGCUGAUUUAAGCACCCCGCGAUAACAUAAUUGUGGAAUGAGAAUAUAUCCUGUAUAACGAUUACAUUAUGUGUAGUAGGAAUACAUCAUGUACUUGAUUCUUGGUCAUAAUUAAUAAAUAAUGGCAUUUCUA